GGAGAGUAGUUGACAACUUCAACAUGGCCGGCAGGGAAGCAAGAAGGGAAGGGCUGGGAGAGAUUGUGGAGGGGGACUGUGUGUCAGAAGGGAGUUUUCUGAGGAGGGAGAACGACAGUGGUGACUCCACCCUCCCCAUUAGGACCUUCGACACACAGCGCCAAUGUAUAUAAUGGCGGGGCAAUACGGUGCGGGCAGACAAAUACCGCCGCAGCGCCCCCUACAGGUAGAGAAAGUUUCUCAAGGCGAAUGUAGUCCGUCGUCGACAGUUAUCUAGACGUCUUUUCCCACAACUCAUCUUUCGUUUCCCCCAACCGGCUUAUCUCCUCUCGUGCAGAAAGUACGAGCCUGUAUCCGCCUGAGACUGGGCCUGUCACUGCACCUUCACCGGGACCGCAGGUCGGCAGCUUUGAUCUGGGAGCGGGAAUGUGAAAUCUUUAGUUCAACCCUCAUUGUGGACUCGUACUGUGAAUGUGAACCAUCCGGAGAAAGUCUUCUGGCUGGGGAGACCACGUGAUUUGGAAAAAAACUAAACUACAAAUAAUAAGGAUAAGAAGUCACCAGGGGGAUAGUCCCAGUCGUCUGUAAAACUGGACAGUGGUGUACGGCUGACCUCGUCUAUAGCCUUGACUACUUUCUUCUAGGUCAGUGAUGUGUGGACAGUCUAGCUAAAACAUCCAAACAUCCUCGAAGACAGCGGUUUGAAACGUCAGUAUAUCGUACACUGCAACACAAGGCCAUCCGGAACUGGUACAUGGGCACCUAGUGCUUAUAAAAUUCAGGAGUUCCUUAAGUCAAGAAAGAGAAAACAAAAGAAUGGCCCUCCAGUCCACGAGAGUGAUACUGCGCUCUCUUUUCUUCCUUCUUUUUCCACGAGGUGGCUUCGUCUAACUUGGUAUAUGGACAGGAAGCUGACCAACUGUGCAAGGACUACAAGAAGACUUGUCCGCGGGACAAAGUGUGUGCCGUGCAGACGCUGAUGUGGCCGACCAACAUUAGGUUUCCUGUCUGCGUGCACCAGCGUGUCGAGCCCGUCAGGUCUCGCGCCUGCACUCAGGCCCCUUCCCCUGGUGGUUGUGGCGGGCAGCUAAGGAGAUGGUUCUACAACGUGCACAUGGGGGCCUGUGCCUGGUUCACCUACGGUGGCUGUGGCGCCAACAGCAACAACUUCCUUACCAGGGAAGACUGCGAGAACACCUGUAUCAAAGCUUACUCCACCACUGACACCACCACAUCCACCUUCUUGGUGAAAGACGUGGACGAGAGUGGUGUUGUGGGAAAACCAUUUCCUGACGGACGCAAGUACGUCGGACGGGAAAGUGGGGUCAGCUGGAGAGACCCCGAGCCACCUAACAGCGGUCGUCAUGGUGAUGAGAGAGACAGGGGACACUUAAGUGCAGAUAUCGAGGACGCUGGUUUGUCUUCUCAUAAUCAGCAGACACGCUUCAGCGGGACAAAGCCUCAGACAGAUUUGGUGCAGCAUGUGCCAUCUCGACUCAACACUUUGGAAAUGAGAUACGGCCGACCAGAUGAAGUCCGAACAUCUGUCAACGGUCGUUACAUCCAGAACAAAGACCACAUGAAGGGAAGAAGUUACGAGCCCGCGUUCACGCCAGUGGCCAUCAGACUACCGCAGCCCCCAUCAUUACUAGUCUCCCAACGAUCUUCAUCAGGGACAGAAUAAAACAUAUCCCUCAUCCUUCAAGGCUGGAAUCUCUGUCCUUAGACUCGCGUACGCGCGUGCGUGAACCAAACGUCCUCCCGGCACGAGCCGGUGCCUCUGACGUCACGUCGGGCGGGUGCGGGAGCCGCUGACCUCGAGCUAUGCGGCCGGAGCAGUGGAAACGGUCCGCCACGUCCCUUUCAGCUUGGACCAGACCGCGACACGAGAAACAGGAGGCGAAGACAGGAAGAGGCGACAGAGGAAUAAAAACAAGAAACAUAGACGAAGAGGGAGAAAUCGCCAGGGGCGAAAUCGGAAGCCAGCGAGCGGACUGCACACUGUGGCGAAGAGUGAACAUCUAACCGCCGUGGACCGUGACCUCCACAAGCCGCAGACAACUCAGUUCCACAACAGUCACGGAGCCAGCUUCCGUGGGGCACCUGCCCGCCUGGAGGAGUUCCAGAGAGGGCAGACCGAGUACUGGGAGGGCAACACCCAGCACAGACAGCACUCCGGCCCUGAGGCAAUGCAAGGGAGACCACACCGCAACCGCCAUAACAGAGUCAAGAAGAGAAAAAUGAAAGGAGAGCACAGGGGAGAGAAGAAGGCCAGCAGCGAGGAAAGCGAAGAAGUGAGGGCAACAAAUACUAUGACACCUUCAAACUAUUCAGAUUUCUGGAGAAGCCUCACGGUACUACCAUGAGACCUUCCCAGUAAUAUAAUAGCUGCAGAUGUUCCCUCCCCUACGACCACUCUGUCCACGCCUGCCUCUUGCCUACCUGUCAACAUCUUUGUUGACCCGUCUGUUCGCCUCUCUGUCUUUGAUUCUGCAAAUUUUGUUGUUAAGGCAGCUGCAUCGGAAUCAUCAAAAGAAAAUAAUGUUUUUUUGCUUCCACAAAUCCAUGUCACAUUUUUCUUCUAUAUGCUUCUUCUUUCUUCACCUUGCCCACGUUUAUUCCGCCAUAUUAAAUAUUUGUGGUGCUGCAAGGUAUAUGCUUUCUCAGCCGGAUGCUUGAGACUUACUUGUACAGCUGUGAGCACCGAGUAGUGACAGAGUCAACAUGUUGGUGCCACCAAAGCUCAGUUUGAUGUGCACGAGUACUCUGUUAGCAUACGGUUUUGUUUUCAUGAUAUGAAUAUACCGGUGUAUGUAUCCUCAAACAUCAAAAGUCUUCUGCAAUUUGGUGGCAUGAGGUUACUAUUUUAUUCUUUUUUUCUUAGGCUUAUGAAAUGGAGUCACAGUUUCAGUGGCUUGUAGAAAAUUUUCUAACAUAGCAAUUUUGCUUUAGUUAUACUUGUACCCUAAGUCUUAGAUAUUUAAGCUGGUCGCACAACCCGGUAAAUAAAACACAAUCAUAUCAACAGCAAAGGGAGAUAACUGGGCCCCGUCACUGCGCGCUUUGUGGUUUAGCGAACAUGAGUUGUCUCCGCAAUACAAACAUCAACCAAGCAUUCGAAAAACGCGAGAGAUAACCUAACAGAAAACAAUGAAGGCUUGUAUUUGUCUGCAAAGAUUUUUUUCUGGUGCCUGGUGAAUGCGGGUGUUUAAUAUAUUAACUUACAUAUGACACGUCACUGACACACGUUACCCUGACGUGAGACACAUACGAACUUUCCUCUUUCGCUUCCUGUGUGGUGCACGCGCGCGCGUGAAAUGUUGCGUAAACACCCGUGACACAGCGAACGUGAUCCUGGUAAUCUGCAUGAACUGUUUGCUUGUAGGAGUUGUUUGUUGUUUGUUUGCACCACUUUUCCAAAUGAGCACAAAUCUUCUCUUCCAAAGUCUUCACACCUUGUUUUUCAUUUAUGCAAAUGACGACAGACUGUUGGCCUGUAUAUUUAUCAUCUGCGCAUAUCUUUUAUUUUAUUUUUUAUUAUUAUUUUCCAUUUCACGCUUUCAAGCGGACGAAACAGGUUUCUCUGUCUCGAAUCCUUUGUGCAGCUUAUCAGUGACUCGAGUAGACUCGUCUGAACUUUUUGAACACAGUCCUAAAGUGAGUGGUUGGUGGUUUAGCGGCCAACACAUGUUCUGCUAGUAUUUAGUAUAUGUCUUGGAUUUGACUUUAGACUUAGUGUAAACUACACUACUUACAAUAGAGUUUGGGCAAACGUCAUCAUGUCCUUCGCAAAAUUCUCGUGUGUAAAUGUUUAGGGGGAAAUUUGAGAAUGCAGUGCUACAUAUAUGUACAGACACCACAACUUGACAUACAUUCGCAAAUUAUAUCAGAUACUGGAUUUAAAAUAUUGAAGCUUGAUUAGUUUUUGUUUUCUUGUUUGUGCCACCUCACAAUAUCAUAAACUAUGCACGCCAACACCAGUUUAACACAUACCUGGUAGCUGCACAAGUUUACAACACCGGUACACAGUACUGCUUACCCUUGAUUGCUGAUUUGAUUUAUCCAGACAAACUUUUAAUACCAGCGGUAUUACGAUGCGUUUGGUAAGGAAGUUUUUACUUAUUGUAUCACUUUCCGUGGGCUGAAUUGAAAAUGAUGCUUUGAUGUGUAUAUUCAUGAAUUUAGUGUCUUACUUUUCACGUUGGAAGCAUUGUAAAUCAUAAAGGUGUUGUGCAUAAUAAAUACUCUAUGUCGCAUAGUCA